AUGUCGCAAUCCCAUGACAAGGCCAACGACACGCCAGAGUUGUCCACCUCGCAUUAUGAGAAUACAGCCCCCAGCCAGGAUCCAUCAGCAUCGAGUACACAAUCUUCACGGCCAAUCUCUCACGGCAUGAACGCCAGCCCGCGUAGCGGCAAUUACACCUCGUCUACAGACAAUAUCGAUACACACGGCGAAGUAUUGAGUGAAUCACAGCAUGAGGACGAGAAUGCGUUUCUUGCAGAGUUCAACAACCACAAACAGCAUGUUAAGGAAGGCGACUUGGAGAAAGCUACACAAAGUUUUAUUAUGCUACAAGCCAAUGGAUCGCAAAACGAGCUAUUCAAAAAGUACUUGGUGGAAAUGGCGGACCACAUUGAUCCCAAUAGAGAUUCAGAUAUGAGCAGGUUCUUUGCAUCAUUACCAGCGCUUAUUCAAUCAACCAUUGUUGAAAACGCCACAGCUUACUUGGAAGAAACCGAUAUGCUCAAGGCAUUCCAAAUUCUUUUCGAUUACAUUCAAGCAUAUCCACGACAUGCAUACAAGUAUUUGAUACGGGCUAUCGAUGCAUUGACGCUACAUGUACAAUCGGUGGAAGCAGCGGAUGAUCAACACAGGGAUAAAUGUAUACGGAUACUUGUGACUGAUUUGCUGCAGCGAUUAUGGAAACAACGGAUAUUACUCACUGGUCGAGACCGUGCACCUAGCGUCAAAUCCACAGACAGCAAGCACUACAUCGUUAUACCAUACAACCUAUUUGAGCACUACAUGCUUAUUGGACAACGCUACUAUAUACAAAAGCAUGAUUGGGCUGAGCUCGUCAAAUUCACGUGUGCGAUGUUGGAUUGUUGUGGAUAUGCAGGUUUGGGACGUUUGGAUUUCUUGUCACACACCAAUCGAUUUCAAUACAUGAAAGAGCAACGGCCUAAUAUCCGGCUGGAUACGGAUGAGACUACAGCACAAGCAGAAGGGAUACCAGAAGAACAACGACAACGACCCGAAGAUUUACAUGUGCUGGUUGCGUUCAUGUGUGAGUUUAUGGCAGCAACGUCGCAAUUUGUGCAAUUUGGCUAUGAUUAUUACAAGGCCGUAUGCGUUGUCGAUGAUAGUGCGCAAGAUGAAAAAGCCUGCCUGAUUCCUAUAUGUGCAAUUCAACCUGGCGUAUUGAAGAAGGGUGGCAUGCCUUUGAUAUCAAGCAAUGACGACGAUUCACAUCAACAGGAACAACAACAACAACAACAGCCGCUACAGCAAUUGCAGCGCACUGAACAUGAUGAUGCAGACUCCACAAGGAAACGUACGAUCGAUGAGCACAAUGAGGAAUCCAAUGAUGACGAAGAGAGGCAAACGAAGAAAGCCAGAUUGGAUGAAAUGUUGGAAGAGCGAGGACAAGGACUCGAUGCUUAUUGUAUGAAAGGUGUGGAUGAAGCACUUCAAAUACUGAGCAAGGCUGGUGAUUGUUUACGGCAUCUUGUUGACUUGUGGCAGUGGGCAGCAAUGAAGUCUCCCAAAACGAAUUGGGUUACUGUAUUUGGAGGAUGGGAAGAAGAAUUAUGCCGGGUGAUCGAUCUUUACAAGCUCCCAUUUGACAUACACAAUUCAGUGCUAUUAGUACGCAGUGAUCUUGCGCUUUCAUCGCCUUCGGUGCCUGGUAACCUUGGUAAAGCGCUUGAUCUCUCACAAAGCAUAUGUGAUCGCAUUGAGGUGCAGAGACGGCAAGAGAAAACGGAUGCACAAAAGGCCAGCUCCGAAUACGACAUUCCUUUCAUGUUUGCUUUUCGCGUGUUAUACAACAUCAGCGUGAUUUAUCUCCUUGUGGGCAGUUUACAACAAUCGACGCUCGAGAUCGCCAUCAUUUUAUCGGUGUUCCCAAUCCCCAAUGACCUGGAAGCCAAGCAUUUUGUUGCGGAUGAGAUGGAUUGUCGGACUGUGGCCACCGUAUUCAAGGGGCAUGAAUUUGGACUUAUGCGUGUGACUCAAGAGGGAUUAGUGGUACGAUGCAUGAAGCACCUUAUUGUCAGCCUUGACAACCAAUCAGAGCAACGUACUGGAAUGGCAUCCAUCGACUCAGCCAUGAAAUGGGAUGAUCGUGCAGGCAACAUGAUUGUAUUGAUGCAGUAUGGCUGGCCAUAUUGGAGUACACGAACGAACUUUUGGCACAACAUCCUUCGAAAGAUGCAGGAUCGACGUACUUUUAAGAACCGGGAAUUUCUUGAAUAUAUAUAUGUACCUGAGAUAUUACAAACCAUUCGAUCCCUCCAUGAGACCGAAAAAGUUAUUUUUGACAUCAUCCCCCCAGAGUUUGCUAUACGCAGCAGCUAUCGUGCAUUAACAACGACAUCAGGAACAUCGACUCCGUCAUCUCCUCAGCUCAGCACAGUAUCUUCACCCUCUGCAGCUGAUCAUGAUAAUCGACGUAGCAGCACGAGUUUACCAUCCAUUGCAGCACUAACAUCACGACCGGGUACUAGUAAUAGCACUAGUAGUAGCAGCAGCACCAACCAUCCAUCCACAAGCCAAUCCCUUCCGCCACCCCCUCCACCCAUCUAUCAGCCAUCUUUUACCAACACGAUCCUACCAAGCAUGUCCAUGUCGCCAACGUGGUACUCUGCAUCCACACAAAAGAAUGCCCACGCCAAUUGGAUGUCACCUUCCUUUUAUUACAGCCGCCCUGCUACAUCAGUAAUGCUACCUGUACGUGAGCCAUCUCGUGAUGCACAUCGCCGUGUUAGUAGUACAAGCAGCAGCAGCAGCAGCCAAACGAGCGCAGCACCUUAUGCGGAAAACACUGUUUCUACUGAGCAACUUCAACGAUCAUUUGUUCCAAAAGACAUUGUCACCCGGUGCCUUGAAUACCGUGUCCGACGCCAUUCUCCAAACAUGACUCCUCAACGCAUGCGCCAUGUACUGCAAAAGUUCCUGAAAAAGAUGGUGCUCAAGGCUAAUAAGGAUGUCUAA